AUGAUUGCUGCACACCCACAAAGUAACAUUCAUCAGAAUCUUCAAACUCAAUUACACAGUAGUUCUGAUACCAAGGAACCAAGAUUUAUGGAUUUAGAUCUUGAGAAUUCAAAGAAAUUAUUCAUCUUAGAUAAAAAGGAAAAAUCAGAACAAGAUCAAAAUAUGUUAUCUACUGAUAGUACAGAUUCAUCAUCAUCGUCGAUGUCUCCAAUGAAUUAUAUUGUUUGGGAAGGUGAAAAUGCUUCUAUGGUUAAAGAUGAAGAUGAUAUUAAAUUUGUUCCAAAAUUUGAAUAUAGCGUUUUAAAGAAAGAAGAAGCUCCUGAUCCAAAUAAGAAUAUGAUUUUAGAAACUAGUACUAUGACUCAACAUAUUCAAAUUUUAGAAAGAAAAUUAAGAAAUUUUAAUAAAUAUAUGGUUUUAACUGCUAAAUUGAUUCAUUAUGAACAAAAAAAGGGAGAAUUGAUGACUAUUUUAGUUGAUCAUAAAGAACCAAUUGUUGAUAUGAGAGUUGGUAAUACUUCUUAUGAAUAUUACAGAUGGUGUUAUUUAACAAGUAUGACUACAACCAAUAAAUUCUCGUUUAAAUAUAUUUUAUACAAGAUUCCAGAUGAUUGUCCUACUAAUAUGUUUGAAGUAAAUGGAUUAUUCACUGAUAAAAAGAGACCAACCUAUGCUCAAGAAGUAUUAAAAUUAGAUGAAAGAACGAAUGCCUUUCAAAUUUUAGCUGAAUUCAAAUAUGAAGUUGAUUUAAAAACUAAUAUCAUUAGUUCUUAUUUGGUAUUAAAGAGAAGUCUUCAUAAUUUAAGAUUAACUGAAAAUGAUAUUAUCAAUUCCACCAUUGUUUUUAGAUAUAUGGAAGAUUCCAAAUAUGAAAACUUAUCUAAUCUUACCAGUUUAACUAGUAAGAAAGGAGUUGUUUUACUUUAG